AUGGCUGUCAUCGUCGUCUAACCAUCACUGACAACGGAUUGCAUCCCGUGGGACUCAACGCGCUAACUUAUCCACCAUGCAUUCAUUUCGAGCCGUCCAUCAUUUCGAACCUCCUUCACAAUUUCAGGCAGCUGUAUUCUCAGUGGUUUGAUCAUCCCACUUACUCCCUCCUCCCAUCUCGUCUGCUCACUGCAAUGGGCUCAAGGUCUAAGACAUAUGACAGCCCAGAGGCUACACGCAUCAGCAAUGCCAUCGACGAAGAGCUCAGGCAAGAGCGCGAGCUACGGAGGAGAAGAAAACCGAAGGAGAUCAAAGUCAUGCUGCUUGGCCAGGCCGAAUCGGGAAAGUCCACUUUGCAGAAGCAGUUCCAAUUGUACUAUGCUGCUCACACCUUGGAUCGCGAACGGCUGUCAUGGAGGCCGAUAGUUUACUUCAAUGUCCUGAAGGCCCUACGUAUGAUCCUUGACGAACUCGACUUUCAGUAUCCCCAAGCCAUCCAACCGCCGUCCCCGACGAAUUCAGCGCCAUACUCUCCGAUUGCGCCGUCUACUGCAAGUUCCGCGGGAAACGUCUUCUCAUUUACACCGCCACAGUCAAAGAUACCAUCGCAAUCAUCAUCUUACAGCGGCUCUGCCGCAACGCCCGAAUCCAGUUGGUUUUCAGAGCUUGCGUAUCUGCGGAACAAGGUCCUACCCCUUGUCGCAAGCGAAGAAGCCCUUGCUUCCGAGCUAAGCGGAGGUAUAACUGUCACAGGAGGACGUACAGGCGUAUACGUCCGCACAGGUUGGCAGGCGCUGGUUACACCCAAUCGUGCAUGGCCUCUGCCUGAUAUUCUGGGGUCUUCAGCCCGACCGUCAGCAGUUACUAACAUUGUGGCUAAGACCUUUGGUGCAACUCAAGAUGAGAUCUUUCGCUUAUGGAGACACCCCGCAGUCCAAAGUUUGGUCCGGACGAAUAAACUUCGUCUAGAAGAAUCAGCAUCUUUUUUCCUUGAUCAUAUUCAUCGAAUCUCAGAACCUGACUUUGCUCCAACAACGGAUGAUAUCCUGCACGUCCGUUUGCAGACCCUCGGCGUUACCGAGCAUUCGUUUGAUAUCCAGAUGGGAGGGCGUCAGUUCAAUUGGUUACUUUACGACGUCGGUGGUGCCAGAGGACAGAGACACGCAUGGGUUCCAUACUUUGAAGAUGCAACCGCCAUCAUCUUCCUCGCACCGAUCAGCGCUUUCGACCAGUACCUAGAGGAAGACCCACGGACGAACAGAAUCGAUGACUCACUACAGCUAUUUACAGCUAUCAUUUCCAACAAACUACUAGCCAAGGCGGCUCUUGUCCUCAUGCUCAACAAGGCCGACCUCUUGAGACAGAAGCUAGAUGCUGGGAUCAAAGUGCGGAAAUACAUAUCUUCGUAUGGUGACCGACCAAACACUUACGACGAGGUGUCGGAGUACUUCCGUGCGCACUUCAUUCAAGUGCACAAGCGGAAAGACUCAGCACAUAGGACAUUAUACGCACAUUUUACGUCAAUGCUUGAUGUAAGAAUGACACAAGCUAUCAUAGUUAACGUUGGAGAGGCCAUCAUGCGCACUCACAUGGCAUCGAUCGGUCUUGCAUGAUGAUUUAGGGUCGAGAUUGUUUGUUUGCAUCUAUCCUAUAUCUUUCCUAUGCGUGUACCACUAGGGCCUCGAUCCGAUGAGUUCGGUGGGUGUCUGUGGAUGCUGUUCCGAGGGCUGUUCCGCCUUGUAUUUCCCCUUCUCCUUUUUGGUUUCUCAUGUAGACAUGUAUUGACUUAGCUUUCGCUGCCGAUAGUUUCAAUGACAUUCCGGACACCUAUGCAUUCAGUCUUCAGGGUCGCUGUGACAGGGUUUGACCCAGCUGCUGUCAGCGUGCCUUAUUUCGCUCCCAAGUCUACACUCCGGAAUACAACAACUGACCAAAUAGGCAGGCUGCAUUGCAUGGUCAUAAAUUACAUACACGAUGCGUAGUGGACGCAAUCGUAAAAUCAAGAUAGUAUAUACAUAAGGGACAUAGAUAGUCGUAAAUUCAGAGCACAUAGAUCAUGGAUACAAACAGGCAGAUACCAUC